AUGUGUUGUCGAUUCCACCACGUUGUCCUGCAUCCCUCCAGGCACGAAGACGACACGUCUACUUGCACAAACCGUGCCUGUGCCUCUGUCGACGCGUUCCCACCCAAUCCAUGGUGCCCUGCGCCCCUCCAGGUCCCAAGACGACAUAUUGUCGUCCGCGAAACGGCACAUCCUGCCCCGCGGCUUCUGCACCCCUUCCACCUUGAUAUGGGUGUUCCAGGGCGGCUACAGCGCCAGGAUCUACCACUCGCGCAAAGCUUCAGAUUAUGCGCAGAGGGGCUCGGGUCGUCACGUUUAUGCUCGAACACCCCCUCUGAUCCAUCCGAUCGACGACGACAUCGCUACAGCGCCAAGUUCACCCAAGCUCAAAACCUCCGCGCAUCCGCAUACUUUACCAAACGCCAUCCACUUGCGCUUGAUCUCUUCACACAGGUAGUCGCACUAACAGCACUCGGCCCUGCUGAUUCGACGCUUCGUUCAUCAGGAACGAAAUACUACCGCGAUGCUUCCUAUUCCAUGGUUUAUCUGCCGCUUGAUGUUCAAAAUUGUUAUACCCAGAAGGGCUGGGAGACGAGUCCUUCUCCUCCACAACAGCAUCCCGCAAGUGGAGCGCUCCACAAAUCCAGUUACUUUUGCAAGCAACGCUAUGGUUCUUCAAGAGGUCUUGAAGUUUUUUGGGCCCACCAUCCCAAUACUCAUGGCAACUGUUAUUCGUAG